CCUGUUCAAAAGACAAUGCCAUUUAUUCUCUGUCGUAGUUUACAAAGAGUUUGUAUCUCGAAGUUGUUUUUACUUUACACAAUAAAUAUGAUUUUGGCAACUCUAUUUGUCGUGUUGUUAGUGGGAAUUUAUAAAACGGAGGGCCAAUGUUCUCACAGCGCCCCGUGCGCUUUAAUGGGAGGUCAGAACCUUGCGUCACCUCAACAACUGACGUCAUCAGGGGGUUCCCUUUCUAUGACGUUGACAGUGCAAGUUUCUGACAUCAAAAUAGAUUGGUUGACGCUGCAUCGACGUUGCUAUGAUGGGGUAUUCCCCGGCCCAACAUGGCGCGUGAAACGUGGUGAUGUAGUAAAUGUUACAGUGGUUAACACUCUAGGAUUACCGCACAAAACUGAGGCACCCAAUCAGCUGCGUUUACCAAACACAACCAAUCUUCAUACGCAUGGACUUCAUAUUAGCAGCAAGGAACCACAAGACAAUGUGUUUGUCCACAUUCACCCAGGGGAGUCGUAUACAUAUUCCUACCAGAUUGACAGUGAAAAUCCAUCCGGCACUUAUUGGUACCACCCCCAUUUGCAUGGAGCCACCCUGUUGCAGGUUCACAGUGGAAUGGCUGGAAUGAUCAUCGUUGAAGAUGAUGCUGAUGCAACAACUCCCUCCCACUUAAGAGCAGUAUCAUGCCCCGAGAAUUGCGCGCAUGAUAUUCAACUUAUGUUUCAACCAACACUGCAAUAUAUUAACAAUGGUGGAAGGGGUUUCGCAAACAUACAACAGACUAUUCAAGAUAAUCCUAAUUAUAGGCAUAACCAAUACCCAGUAACUGCUGGAGGUAAUUUAGAAGAAUGGUUGACCAAUCAAGCGAAUGGGAUUGACCACUUCACAACAAACGGGCAGCUUUGGCCACAAUUAGCAAUGACAACGACAGAAACCAAACGAUUUAGAAUGGUUAAUGCUGGAGGUAGUGCUAUUCUUGAGUUGCUAAUCACCGACACAAGUCAACAGCCAACAUCAGCUUGUAGUGUGUUGGAGAUAGCAUACGAUGGUGUAUAUCUCGAUGAAGCUAGAACCCCUUUAACUGGGAAAACUCUUCUUAUUCCAUCGGGGAAAGUUGAUUGGUUGGUUGCUUGUGGCACUGCUGGUACUUACGAGCUACGUUCUUUAUCAUCAAACGUUGAUAACCUUUCAAUCGGAGGAUUUCAACGCCUCAACCAAAACUUGUUGACAAUCGUUGUCACGGGAACCAGCUCUUCCAUCACCGUCCCAACCUCCCUUCCCACUCGUCCAUCAUUUGUCGGCGAUUUCCGUUCCUUAACUCAAGAUCAAGUGUUUGGGAGGUUUGUUAUCGAAGCAAGCCCAGGAACAAGGUUAAAUAGGGAGAGAUUUCAAUCCAAUACAAACUACAGGUUCAAAGCUCAGUUGAACACCAACCAAGAAUGGUAUCUUGUCAACUCUGAUCCAGGUGCAGCACAUCCCAUUCAUAUUCAUGUCAAUCAUUUUCAGGUGAUUAGUUACAACUCGUAUACGGGACCUUAUUCAGUGAGUGGAAGGACAGGUUAUGUGUUCUUUGAUCAAGACAACUCCGUAUGUGCUCACCAACAUUCUGCUUAUACUGGCAAUGAAAACGUUCAAACCCCAAACAAUCCUUUACGGUAUCUUGGCCAUGAUGCACGAUGGGCUGCAGGGGGAACAGGAACGCUUGGUUAUAGUGAAGCUGGCUUGUUUAGAGACGCCAUACUUGUUCCACCUUUGGUUAACAUAACAAUUCGAUUCAACGCACAUAAAUACACAGGGGAGGUUGUGGUUCAUUGUCACUUACUUAACCAUGAAGAUACUGGUAUGAUGUUAACAGCAGAUAUUGUGGAUCAAGGCGCAGAUCUUACUGCUAGCAUUCCAUCUGGCACUGCUUAUCCUGGAACUUGCAAAGAGAAUGAUCCGUACCCGUUUAAUGCGUGUGAUAGUUGUCCAACUACUAUAAAUACAAGCAGUACAACUACAACACCUGCAGCAAGUCCAACGGAAACAAUUUCUUUAGGAGGGGAAGCAGCAUUUUUAACACCAAGAUCAUGGAACUUCACUGUGUUUCUUAUUUUGGGUCUGUUGCAAUUAGUGUAGAUAGUAAAUAAGAUGGUUUACGUUUAAUUUAUAUAAUUUUCUAUUUCUUUACCGAACCACUUUUUGUUUAGACAAUAUCAUGGUUUUUAAAGACCUAUUUGCCAACUGCAAUUGUAAAUUUUAAUGUUUGUAUAUUCUUUUCCACAUUUCGUAAGUUCGUACUAUUUUGUUUUCUUCAAAUCUCGUCUAAAAUUUAAACUGCUGUAAUCUUAUUUACCCUAUUGUGCGCUUCAGUGUUAUGAAUUUAUGGAGUAAAUGAACACGCUUAGACGAUGGGUAACAUACCAACAAGGGUUACAUGUUACUUGAAUGAUAACACUUUCUUUGGAUAGCUUUAAAUUGGCAGAAUGUUCUCCAUACGCCCAUGGAACAAGUUAUACUAUCAGGUGCACAAAAUGCACCAAGUGA